CCCUGACGGGGAAUCGAACCCCAACCUCUUGGUUCAUGGGUUGAUGCUCAGCCAAUUAGCCACAGCGGCCGAGCCCGACCAGGAAUUGAACCUGCAAUCUUGGAGCAGGGAGGAGAUGAGAAGACGCUCUAACCAACUGAGCUACCCCACUGGGCUUCAGUUCUCCUUUCCUUUGACGUGUUAAUAUCCAUUCCUCUUAUUAUUCAUUUUGAUGCUCAAAUUGUUCUCAGUUUGGCCACUAGGAGCUCCUCCUGACCUUGUCAUUUUGACAGUCUCCACCCCUUACAUGGAAACGUUCCAGGGUCCUCUUGGACCUUCCCUGCCCCAGCCCUGGAAGCAGCCACUUCCCCAGGGGCCCUGGCGCUCUUUUGGAGAAUGGUACUUCUGCGUCUUUACCACCAGCCAGACCCUCCCAACAGGCCGAGCCUUGUCUCCUCAGGCCCCUGGGAGCAACCAAACAAGAGAACGUUCCUUCCUGGGCCGGACGGUCCCUCCUCUUGAGGGAAACUGCAUAUGUGACGCCUUUCCUUACAGGGAAACCUGGGGCCGGACAAGAUGGUGGUUGACCUGACAGAUCCCAACCGACCGCGCUUCACUCUCCAGGAGCUGAGGGACGUGCUCCAGGAGCGCAACAAGCUCAAGUCGCAGCUGCUGCUGGCGCAGGAGGAGCUGCAGUGCUACAAGAGUGGCCUGAUUCCAGCAAGAGAAGGCCCAGGAGGGAGAAGAGACAAGGACACUCCGAUGGCCAGGGCCAGCGCCGCUGGCCGGACCAAGGAGGAGAAGACAAUCAUAAGGAAGCUAGCCUCAGUUUCCUCAUCUGUACCAGAGGGAUGUUGGUUGUGCUCACCUCCUGGAGUCGUUAUGAGCGUGAAAGGAGCUGAUGAACGAAAAGCCCCCAACGAGCUCCUGCCUGUCCAUCCUGAGCCCCAAGUUCACCUUCCGAUCGGGGAAGCAGAUGUAGAUCUAAGGCCGCGGCGGUUCUCAGACUCCAGAAGACAGCACACCAGGAAGCCUGCGGGAGCCACUCUGUGCCACGCAGACACCCCCACCGCACUUGCUCACUGGCUUCCCCUCAAAGCUGACUGCGGAGCAAGGAGGUGAGGUUCUCUCUGCAUCGCUGUCUCCCUGGCUGCAGAACCAGACGCCCCUGAAGGCUUGGCCAGGGCAAGGCAAGUGGCACCAAGAACUCAAGAAAGCAGAAGGAAAACUGCAAAAUAAUAUUUAAAAAGAGGAGAGUGCAGCGGGGCACCACCUGCCCACGCCCGCCGCGGAGGGGCCUGGGCGCUCUGCUUCUCUGGUCCAAAACGGGACCUCGAUCUCCGCUGGGUGGCAUCCCUGCAUCAGCCCACAGGGAGAGGGGAGAGCGCCCGGAAGUGUGAUGUCGACAUUCCAGUGACUUCACUGAUGUUUAGUGACUACCUGACUUUGCUAACGCAACUUCCUUCCUUUAUGAGAUUUUUGUAUUGAAGUAAAAUGACUUCCCUGCUUUAA